CUGUUUUACCCUGUUUACUGAAAAGAAGCAACAAUGUGAACAAUGUAUAAGAUUAUAAGAUACAUUAGCAUGGUCCAUAAGAUUUUUAGAGUUUAAGAGAGUUUUACAUGUUUGAACCAUCAUGACAUCCAUACCGAAGCCGGUAUGGAUCUCGAGUGCAGCUGCCUCGCUCGUUGGUCUUACAUAUUUAAUAAAGGAUUCAUUCUCUGGUAAAAUGUACGAGGGUAAGGAAAAACUAACUAACAAAAUUGUUAUCGUUACCGGCGCGAAUACUGGUAUCGGCAAAGAAGUCGCUUUGGAUUUGGCCAGACGGGAAGCAAAAGUUAUCAUGGCAUGUCGUAAUUUGUUCAAAUGUGAAACGACUCGUAAAGAAAUUGUCUUAUCAACAAAAAACAAGUAUGUUUAUUGUAAAGAAUGUGAUUUGGCGUCUCAGGAAAGCAUUAGAAAAUUUGUUGAUACUUUCAAAAAGGAACAUUCAGAACUCCAUUUGCUUAUAAACAAUGCUGGAGUAAUGAGAUGUCCGAAGAGUGUUACAGAAGAUGGGAUCGAGACUCAAUUAGGCGUCAAUCACAUGGGACACUUUUUACUAACGAAUUUAUUGCUCGAAACUCUAAAGAAAUCGGCACCUUCCAGAAUCGUGAAUGUCUCGAGCACAGCUCACUUGAGGGGCAAAAUAAAGGUCAAGGAUUUGAAUAGCAGCGAAAAUUACGAUCCAGGAGACGCUUAUGCACAGAGCAAAUUGGCCAAUGUUCUGUUUACAAAAGAACUGUCAAAAAGAUUAGCAGGAACCGGUGUCGCUGCGUUUGCCGUCCAUCCAGGAUUAGUUGAGACAGAAAUAACACGUCACAUGUCGUUUUUCAAUUCUACUUUGGGAGCUAUUCUGUUGAAGCCACUUUUUUGGUUAUUCGUAAAACCGCCUAAACACGGAGCUCAGCCUGUAAUUCACGCGGCACUGGCUCCGAAAUUGAAAAACGAGUCUGGUCUGUAUUUCAGCAACUUUGACGAAGCGGAAGUUUCGGAAGAGGCGAAAAACGAUCAAUUGGCGAAGUGGCUGUGGAUGACCAGUGAAAAAUGGACAAAACUGAAAACCAGUUGAUGGAGACGUUAUUGUUCUCGAGCCGGAAUUAUCUUUUGACGUAGACGAAUAAACUUGUUUAACAAAACA